AUGGUGCUACAGAAUACGGUGAAGUAUGAUUGCUUCACGAUUAAUAAUGAUGUGGACUUGCAAGUAAUGUUUCUUUGUCGGCGGCAGUUUCCGGAGGUGAGGACACCGGAGUUGUUGGCACGGCUGGUUGAUGUUGUAUCCAGCUCUGGCGGUUCGAACAGGAAUACGAACACUGUAGCGAAUCCAACAGGUUCUAGUUCCCGGCCUGCCGUUGCUUCCUCGUCCGUCCCUGUGUACGAACCAGUGGUCCAACAUGUCGCCUCCCCAUCUUUCGCUGUUGACCUCAAUGGCACCGAAGGCGACGAGGAGACGGCUAAUUUUGCCCUAACCUUCAAGGGCAAAGACGCUAGGAGGCUACUAGUGAACGCGGCGUAUGCGAAGACUGAGGUUGAAUUUGAUUACUGGUUUGAUAUCCUGCGAUCUGAAGAUCCGGCGAUGUGGCACGCUGUUGGAUUCGGAGCUAGAGAUGCGGAAGGGACUGGUGGUCUGACAGAGUUCCAGGUUGGUCAGCAAUUCCAGGAUAAAGAUGAGGCCCUUUUAAGUGUGAAGACUUACAGCAUCCGGCGAGGGGUACAGUACAAGGUGGUGGAGUCCGAUCACCGCCGGUAUGUGGGCAAGUGUUCCGAGUUUGGGAAUGGGUGCACAUGGUUGAUUCGACUGAGUCUCCGGAAGCGCAAGGGCAUUUGGGAGGUCAAACGGUACAAUGGACCUCACACUUGCCUGGCCACAUCCAUCUCGAGUGACCACAGGAGUUUGGAUUAUCAUAUGAUUUCGGCGUUCAUUAUGCCAAUGGUUAGGGCCGAUGCAUCCGUGAGCAUCAAGGUGCUCCUGAACGCCACGGCAGCGCACUUUGGUUUUAGGCCGACUUACCGGAGGGUUUGGAUGGCGAAGCAGAAAUCUAUUGCCAUCAUAUACGGUGACUGGGAUGGGUCCUACAAGGACCUGCCUAGGUGGGUGUUGGGUGUGCAGCUGACGAUGCCUGGUAGUGUUGUCGUCCUUAAGACGACCCCGGUUCGAGUUGGAGGACAAGUGGACGAGUCUCAAGCGUACUUUCACAGGAUUUUCUGGACUUUCUCGCCGUGCAUCGAGGCAUUCCGUCAUUGCAAGCCGCUAGUGAGCAUUGACGGCACACAUCUGUAUGGGAAGUAUGGGGGAACGUUGCUCAUCGCGAUUGCACAGGACGGGAACUCGAACAUUCUACCUGUCGCAUUCGCACUAGUAGAGGGUGAGAAUGCGGAAUCCUGGACAUUCUUUCUCUCGCACCUUCGACAGCACGUGACCCCGCAGCCCGGUCUGCUGGUUAUAUCGGACAGGCACAACGGCAUCAAGGCUGCGCUUGAGGCCCCUGACGGCGGUUGGCUACCGCCAUCUGCGUACCGUGCAUUCUGCAUACGACACGUAGCGGCUAAUUUUGCCCUAACCUUCAAGGGCAAAGACGCUAGGAGGCUCCUAGUGAACGCGGCGUAUGCGAAGACCGAGGUUGAAUUUGAUUACUGGUUUGAUAUCCUGCGAUCUGAAGAUCCGGCGAUGUGUGAGUGGGCGAACCGGAUUGAUUACUCGUUGUGGACUCAGCAUCGUGAUGAGGGGCGGAGAUUCGGUCACAUGACGACGAACAUCUCCGAGUGUGUGAACUCUAUCCUGAAGGGGGUCAGAAAUCUCCCUGUAGCAUCCCUGGUGAAGGCAACAUAUUGUAGGCUUGCGGAACUGUUUGUUCGCAAGGGGAGAGAGGCUGAGGCCCAGAUGGGAACAGGACAACAAUUCAGUCAACAUUUGGUGAAGUGUAUUGAGGCCAACAUGAAGACGGCCAGGUGCUUCACGGUGACGCUGUAUGACCGGGAUAACUCCGAGUUCACUAUAGCAGAGACCACUCCGACUGGUUUUUUCUCCUUGGGUACUUACAGAGUAUCCCUUGCCUCUCGGACAUGUGACUGCGGGUACUUCCAGGCUCUUCAUUUCCCGUGUCAGCACGCACUUGCAUGCUGUGCAUACUCACGGGUCACCUGGACCUCUUACGUUCACAGCGUCUAUCAGAUUAGCUCGGUGUUCAAUGUGUAUCGGAUGGGAUUCACACCUCCGAUCCCGGAGGGCUUCUGGCCACCUUACGACGGGCCCACGGUGAUUCCAGACCCUGACAAGAGGCGUGCCAGAGAGGGUCGUCCUAGAUCCACUAGGAUACGGACGAAUAUGGACGAGGCGGAUCCGAAUCGGCCAAAGAGGUGCGGCCUAUGUCGCCAACCCGGGCACACACGACGUAGUUGCCCACAGGUUGGAGGCUCGUCUCAGACAGGACACCAUUAG